CACCUCAGUGUGUCACGAACGCGGGUGUCACUCCUUACUCAGGUAUUCACCUGUUCACAUCUUGUAAUAGUACUGGUAUUGUUCUAACAUGGCUCAGGAAGAAAAAGACGGGGUAGCGAAUCAAGGAUUUGAAGCGUCCACGAAUGACCUAGCCGGAGAAAAACCUGCAGAGCCAGGCCCCACAAUUGUCGGAGACGGAGAUAACGACUCUGACAAUGGUGAUGAAAAUAAGGAACGUGGAAACUGGAGUGGGAAAUUGGACUUCUUACUUUCCUGUCUCGGUUAUGCCGUUGGGUUGGGAAAUGUGUGGAGAUUUCCUUAUCUCUGUUACAAAAAUGGCGGAGCGGCGUUCUUCAUCCCGUAUGUGAUUAUGUUAUUUAUGGUUGGAAUGCCUAUCUUCUUCCUCGAACUUGCCCUUGGUCAAUUUUCCAGUAGCGGCCCACUAACUUGUUUCAAGCUGGCGCCUCUGUUUACAGGAGUCGGAUAUGGCAUGGUCAUCGUGUCAGGGCUGGUAGCCAUAUAUUACAACAUGAUUAUCGGCUGGUCCCUGUAUUAUCUGUUUGCCUCCUUUACCAGCGUGUUACCCUGGGACCAUUGCGACCCUGCGUGGGCAUCAGAGUAUUGCUUUGACUUUCUCCCAAAUGUCUUCAACUGUACGACCGAUUUUGGGCUGGAUGCAUAUGACAACGGCACGUGUUAUAACGGUACUACACGGAUUGGGAUAUGGAAUGAAAGCCUGGCAAAAAACAACAGCAUCAAACGUACCACAGCUAGCGAAGAAUAUCUGAACACGGUGGUGUUAGGAUUGAACGAUUCCCCUGGUAUUCACGACCUAGGACCUAUUCGCUGGCAGCUGGCUAUGUGUUUGCUCCUAGCCUGGAUCAUUGUCUUCUUUUGUCUAAUAAAAGGCAUAAAAUCUUCUGGCAAGGUCGUCUAUUUCACUGCUCUCUUCCCAUAUGCCGUACUUGUCAUUCUGUUGAUUCGUGGAGUUCUCCUGGAGGGGCAUUUAAAGGGAAUCACGUUUUACAUUCUUGAUCCAGAUAUUAGCAGACUGAAGGAUGUGGAGGUGUGGAAGGAUGCUGCUGUGCAAAUAUUCUUCUCGCUGUCUGCGUGUUGGGGAGGGUUGAUAACUCUCGCCAGCUACAAUAAGUUCCACAACAACUGCCUUAGAGAUGCGAUCAUCGUUUCCUUAGGCAACUGCUUAACCAGUUUCUUUGCUGGUUUUGUCAUUUUCUCCUAUAUCGGUUUUUUGGCGGGGAAACUGAAUGUAUCCGUGGAUGAAGUGGCCAGAAGUGGGCCCGGGUUGGCAUUUGUUGUCUAUCCAGAAGCCGUGGCCCUAAUGCCAGUUGCACCACUUUGGGCAAUACUCUUCUUUUUUAUGCUUCUAACGCUGGGACUAGACAGUCAGUUUACUUUGUUGGAAACCGUGGUGACGGCAGUUCUUGAUACCUGGCCGAAAAUUCGUCGCUGGAAACCUAUUGUAGUGGGCGGGGUUUGUGUAAUUGGCUACUUUCUAGGACUCACUAUGUGCACAAACGGCGGAAUGUAUAUGUUGAACUUGCUGGACAAUUACGCUGGGGGAUGGAGUGUUCUUUUAAUUGGGGUAUUAGAACUCGUGGCCGUUAACUACGUAUAUGGUGUGCGUCGUUUCAUGCAGGACAUCGGUGUCAUGUUGGGCACUCGCUUCCCUUGUGCAUGGCCUUGGUGGGCUAUCAACUGGUGCAUCUUUUCCCCGGGACUUAUACUGUUCGUGCUGCUGUUCUCUUGGGUGAAAGCUUCCCGAUUGACACUCGGAGAUGACUACUUGUACCCCGAUUUCGCCAUGGCUCUGGCCUACUGUACCUCUCUAGUCAUUAUCAUUCCUAUCGUUCUCCUGCCAAUUAUUUUCCUCGUAUUCAAGUUCAAAGGAUCAAUGUCAGAGCGUCUUCGCCAACUGGUCCGACCUACAGUGGACUGGGGCCCAGCUCUGGUUCAGCACAGACAGCUGAUUAGCUACGUCCCUGGGUUUGUUGUGGACCCUUCAGAUGGCCAAGCGUCCAACGGAAAUGCUUAUCCUAUGACAAAAAAGAGAUUGAAUGAAGACAACGGAAUUGACGGGCAUUACAGCCCAGCAAAUCAAUUCUGAUAGCCUUUUAUUCCGUGCUGAUCAAAAUCGCAGACAUGCCUAAGACUGAAAAAUACAUUGUACAGAGACGAAAACAAUUCGUAAAACAUUCUACCUUAAUUGAUUUUGGGGUCGGGGAAUUAAUUCACUAUCACAAUAGCAGUAAUUAAAGGAGGCAUUAUACGAUCAUUUCUCAAUGAAGACGGUGUGACUAUCAAGUCAGUUAUUCAAAGAAGUCCUGUAGUAGACUAGUGCAGUGAGUGAAAACUCCACAGCUCCUGUCCUUGGACUACACUGAAAUUUUAUAAUAGGAUAUAUAGUCUUGAAAUUUAUCCAAUAUUUCCUUCUCCGUCAACCCAUAAUCUGUGCAGCAGUGUUGGUGUCGCUGUAAUUUCCUCGACUUUUUGCGCUCAGCUAUAUACUUUGCCAUCUUAUUGGCCACAUCAGAGUUCAACUCCAUUCCAAGAUACGAAUAUAUUUCUUUCACUUUCGUUAUUGGGUCCCUGACAAGAUCCACCUGAUGCACGUCUAUGACGCGAAUCUGUCUGCCGGAUUGGUCGCAGCUUUUCCUGUAUUUGAGAAAGGUUGAGGUGUAAUACGCUAUAUCCUCCAGCACACGUCGACCUAUUUCAAAUUUUGUUAUCACACCAGGGUUGAAGUACAUCGGCAGAAGGGAAUCAACAACUGAGCACCACGAGCUAACCUAAAAUAUAUUUUUACUAAUAGCAUAAGUAUAUUGUUCAUAGUUAUUGGAAGUACACAAGUUUCAUAUUUUUAUAUCUUCUGAAUAAUCGCAACGAGUAUUUUUAUAUAUCUGUUAUGUUUUACAAAUAAA